AUGCUCGCAGCCUCCAACCUCGACUCCAAACCACACAAGCACGCCGGCGACGUGGCCGACAUCAGCCCGUCAGAUCUGGUCCACGACCUGGAGACAAUGUACAACUACUCCCGCCCUGCAUCGGACCACCAUCUGAAGCUCCGCGUCCCCCCCGUCCCCCCGUCCCCCCUGGCCCGCACCGUCAGCAUCCUCAACGAUCAGGAACUCCCAUGGUGGACGGGCGAAUUCCAGGACUUGGCCAACCAGGUGCGCGCUGCAUAG